AUGGCCAUUGGGCUCGCCCAGUGGCUGGGCCCUCUGCUCCUGGUCUCCCUCUGGGGGCUCUCAGCUCCAGCCUUGCUCCUUAGACGCCUGGGGGAGCACAUGCAGCGGCUCCAGGAGAACUCUGGCCUGCACCUGCGCCUGGGCCCGGGCACUGCGACCCUCCCAAGAGCAGGGUGGCUGGAGCAGCCGCUGGACCCCUUCAAUGCCUCUGACGGAAGGUCCUUCCUGCAGAGGUAUUGGGUGAAUGACCAGCAUAGGGCUGGCCAGGAGGGACCUGUAUUCCUGCAUCUUGGGGGAGAGGGCAGCCUCGGACCUGGCUCAGUGAUGGCAGGACACCCCGCAGCCCUGGCCCCUGCCUUCGGGGCCCUGGUGAUAAGCCUGGAACACAGAUUUUAUGGCCUGAGUGUACCCCCUGGAGGCCUGGGCAUGGCCCAACUUCGAUACUUGUCCAGCCGCCACGCGCUGGCCGACGUGGUCUCUGCCCGCCUGGCUCUUUCCCGCCUCUUCAACGUCUCCUCCACCAGCCCCUGGAUUUGCUUCGGAGGUUCCUACGCCGGCUCCUUGGCUGCCUGGACCCGACUGAAGUUCCCGCAUCUCAUUUUCGCCUCGGUCGCCUCCUCUGCCCCGGUGCGGGCGACGCUGGAUUUCUCCGAGUACAACGACGUGGUGUCCGGAAGCCUAGCGAACGCGGCGCUUGGUGGGUCGCUGGAGUGUCGGGCUGCGGUGUCCGCGGCCUUCGCGGAGGUCGAGCGGCGGCUGCGCGCGGGCGGGGCCGCCCGAGCAGCGCUUCGGGCCGAGCUGGGAGCCUGCGGGUCUCUGCGCCGAGCUGAAGACCAGGCAGAGCUCCUGGGCACGCUGCAGGCCCUGGUGGGGGGCGCGGUGCAGUACGACGGGCAGGCGGGGGUGCCGCUGAGCGUGCGGCAGCUCUGCGGACUCCUCGCGGGCGGCGGCAACCGCAGUCACCCCGCGCCCUACGGUGGACUUCGGCGCGCAGUGCAGAUUGUCAUGCACAGCCUGGGCCAGAGGUGUGUAAGCCUUUCUCGAGCAGAGACAGUGACACAGCUGAGAGCCACUGAGCCCCAAGUGUCUGGCCUGGGUGACCGGCAGUGGUUGUACCAGACUUGCACGGAGUUCGGCUUCUACGUCACCUGCAAGGGUCCUGGAUGUCCUUUCUCCCAGCUCCCAGCCCUGCCCUCCCAGUUGGACCUAUGUGAGCAAGUGUUUGGACUCUCCGCUUCCUCUGUAGCCCAGGCCGUGGCCCAGACAAACGCCUACUACGGUGGCCAGAGCCCCGGUGCCACCCAAGUGCUGUUCGUGAAUGGGGACACAGACCCCUGGCAUGUACUAAGUGUCACACAGACCUUGGGACCCUCAGAGCCAGCGCUUCUCAUCCCUAGUGCCUCCCACUGCUUGGACAUGGCACCUGAGAGACCCUCAGACUCUCCCAGCCUCCGCUUAGGACGCCAGAGCAUAUUCCAGCAACUGCAGACCUGGCUCAGGCAAGCAAAGCAGAGCCAGCUUCAGAGAGGGGUCUGAGCCUUGCACCCCACAGCUCCCCGCCUGGCCACCUUCCUCCUGGACAUACUCAUUCACUGGACAAAAGAAGGCCUCUUGUUUAGAAGAUCCCCAGGGAUUGGGAUUCUGUACCUGUUCUGCAUAUAAUUGUCUGUAAACACCCUCACUCCCAGACCACAAGUGUUUGGUACAGGAAAGAACAUGCAAAUAUAGUGGAUGAUCUUUCUCAUUGUGCAUGUUGGUGUUUUGCAUGUUAAAUGUCAGAGAGAUGCAGCUCUUUCUGCUCUGCGGUUUGGGAGGAGUGUUCUGCCGUAAUA